AUGUCUUUGAACCUCGGCGCCCUUGAGCAGCACCUGACUACUAGGUCUUACAUUGAAGGGUACACACCCUCUCAGGCAGACGUUUACGUUUACAACUUGCUCACAGCACCAGAGCCAUCGAAGUACCCGCACUCUGCCAGAUGGUACUCUCACAUCAAAUCGUAUAGUGUGGAGCAUGCAGCUUUACCCGGCACAAGUACCGCCGGCCAGUCGUUCGUUCAAUCGGCAUCCGCUCCGGCUCCAGCUCCUGCAGACGCUGACGCCGAAGAAGAAGUUGAUCUCUUCGCUUCGGACGAUGAAGACAACGAAGAAUCAGAAAGGCUGAAAGCAGAGCGUGUUGCAGCUUACAAUGCGAAGAAAGCAAAUAAACCUAAAGCAGCUGCGAAGUCUGUUGUGACGUUGGAGGUCAAACCUUGGGAUGACGAAACCGACAUGGAAGCACUUGAGCAAUCUGUGCGUUCUAUUGAGCAGGAAGGUCUUGUAUGGGGUGCCAGUAAGCUAGUCGCUGUCGGCUACGGCAUCAAGAAGCUUCAAAUUACCGUAGUUGUUGAGGACGAACUCGUUUCCUUAGAUGAUCUACAGGAGAAGCUUGCUGAAUUCGAAGACUACGUCCAGAGCUCCGACAUUGCUGCCAUGCAGAGUAAGCGUCCUUCACUUCCUUGCAAUCCUAAGGCUUAUUGUUUUCUCCCAAAGAACUUUGAUUGA